UGAGUAGAUGAACACACCGCGACAGUAAACUAUGGACCUCCACGUAGGCUUGUUUACACCGCUGUCAUCUGACAUGAUGUGGCCACGCCCUGCCCUGACCCGAUGAACACGGAAGUUUGUCGUGAUGCUCAUGAAGGUUCCAGAUCAACGAGCCUUGAUGUGAACAGAGCUCCAACAUGUCACCGAAGCGGUUCUGCGUCAGGACAUUCCUCAGAUGUUUUCUAGCGUGUUUCUCCAUAUCGGUUGUCCUUUCUAACGGACAAGCGGAGGUACCGACCUCGCACGCGGCCCACAACCGUUCUGCGGUGUCACUCCAGCUCCUGGCCGGUUUAACGCCCCGCAAAGAAAUCGUGGUGAAGGAAGGGGCAAGUGCAUUGAUAGAAUGCAACGUGACCGGUUCCAAUGACGACAUCCAGUGGUACAACUCCAAAGGUGUCGUUCUUGAUGCGGAUGAAGGAGGUGGCAAGUGGCGUGUUGAGGAGGGGGGCGUCCUCAACAUAACCAGCGUGUCGUUCAAGGACAGAGGCAGGUACACCUGCAUCGCCUCGGGCCCGUCCGGCUCCUCCAACUACACCAUCGUCCUCCGCGUGGCCUACGUCUACAGCGGCAUGGGCCUCUACUACGUCAUCGUGUGCCUGGUGACCUUCACCAUCAUCAUGAUCCUCAACGUCACGCGCUUCUGCAUGGUCCGGAGCCACCUGAGCAAGACCGAGAAGGCCAUCAACGAGUUCUUCCGCACGGAAGGCGCCGAGAAGCUCCAGAAGGCGUUGGAGAUCGCCAAGCGCAUCCCCAUCGUCACCACGGCGAAGACGCUGGAGCUGGCCAAGGUGACCCAGUACAAGACCAUGGAGUUCGCCCGGCACAUGGAGGAGCUCGCCCGGAGCGUGCCGCUGCCCCCGCUCAUCCUCAGCUGCCGGGGCUACGUGGAGGACGCCAUGCGGCCCUCCGACGCAACCCGGUCGGAGGGGGAGGCGGCGGGGGGGGGUAGGCAGGCCAUCGACGGCCCCCGGCCCGGGGGGGGUGGAGGGGGGUGCGGGGAGUCCUGUGUGGUCCCUGUGCCUGAGGAGGAGGAGGUGGGCGCACCCAAGAGCAGAGUCCAGGAGAGCCACAUCUAA